AUGCCUAUAAACACCGACCCACUAGCACUGAAACAGCCAUUUAAACCACCAAUUCUAAAUGCACACCCCCUCACUGAGAAAACACCGACUGAAGGCAUUUGGUUUAUGGAUGCCUCAGCAACAAGGGUAAAUGGCAAAUGGCGGUAUAAAGCCACCAUAUUAGAAAUUACCACUGGCAAACAGGUAAUAGAAGGUGAAGGUAGUGCACAAGUAGGAGAACUAAGGGCAAUUGUCCUAGCAGCACAAAAUGGAGCAAAAGUUAUCUAUGUCGACUCCUAUGCCAUGUGGGCAGGUGCCACACAAUGGAUUUGUCAAUGGGAAGCCCUAAAUUGGGAAGUAAAUAGAUCCCCAGUUUGGAGAACUGAAGACUGCCAAUUAUUAUUAGAUAUAGCUAGACAAACGCCAUUUAAGAAAGGGUGGGUAAAAGUCCAUGUAAACAAUGACCAACCAGCCACAAAAUGGAACCAACAAGUAGAUGAAUUAGCCAGAAUUAGGGGAAUAAAAACAGGAGAUAUGCUAGGUCUUGAAUGGUACCGACUGGGGGAAUGGUUACAUCAGAAAUUGGACGACACAGGCUGA